GCGGAUGUAGCAUGCCGGGAGGGGGCGGUACUGAGUCGGCACUGCCUUUAAAUUAGCGCGUCAUUCAGCAGACGGGGCCGAGUUGUGAUCGGGCGGAGAAGCGGCGUGUUAAGGCUUUGAAAUGGCAGAGAAUGGUGAUAAAGAACAAGUGUCAGACCUGGACACAAAAAUCAGCCAGCAGAUCGAGUACUACUUUGGUGACCAUAACCUUCCACGAGACAAAUUCUUAAAGGAACAGAUCACCCUUGAUGAUGGCUGGGUUCCCCUGGAAACCAUGAUAAAGUUCAACAGGUUAAACAAAUUGACCAAAGACUUUGGAAUCAUUUUGGCAGCACUUAAAAAAUCCAACACAAGCCUACUGGAAAUCGAUGAAGAAAAAUGUAAAAUUAGAAGAUCCCCCAGCAAACCUUUGCCAGAGGUCACAGAAGAGUACAAAAAUUCCAUCAAGAAUAGAUCAGUCUAUAUUAAAGGCUUUCAGCUAGACACAUCCCUGGAUGAUAUAAAGAAUUGGUUGGAAGGCAAGGGUCCCAUUGAGAACAUCCAGAUGAGGCGAACACUUGAAAAGACAUUCAAGGGUUCAAUCUUUAUUGUAUUUGAGACUGAUGAUGCUGCCAAGAAAUUCUUGGAGAACAAGGACCUUAAAUUCAAAGACUCUGAUAUGAUCAUAUUAUCUAAGGAGGAUUAUUUUGCAAAGAAGAACGAGGAAAGGAAGCAGAAGCAGAACGACGCAAAGGCAAAAUCCAAACAGGAGAAGGCAGAUGCUCAGAAACAUGCAGAAGAUGCUGAAAUGAAAUCCUUGGAAGAACAAACUGGCUGCCUUUUGAAAUUCUCAGGAGACUUGGACAAUAUGACAUCCAGGGAAGAUAUUCAUGCCUUAUUUCAAGAUCAUGGUGAAAUCAAGUGGAUUGACUUCAGUAGGGGUUCUAAGGAGGGAAUUAUCCUGUUUAAGAGUGAUGCCAAGGGAGCCUUGGAGAAAGCCAAGGCUGCAAAUAAAGACAACUUACAGUUGAAAGAAAAGGAUGUAGUCUGGGAGCUCCUGGAAGGUGAUGUAGAGAAGGCUGCAUUAAAGAAAAUCAUGGAGAACCAACAAGAAUCCUACAAUAGGUGGAAAGGCAAAGGUGGUAAGAAGUUUAAAGGCAAAGGAAAGGGAGGUAGAGGAAAUGAUAGCUCAUCCAAGAAGAGAAUUCAGUACCAAGGAAAGAAAAAGAAGUUUGAAAGCAGUGACGAAGAAGACAUAGAAGAAGGAGCAGGUGAUGCCAAAAAUGGAAGUCCCAAGAAGAGGCAGCUGGAGGAGAAAUCCACCGACGAACCAGAGCCAAAGCAACAGAAGACCGAAGCUGGAGACAAGUAACACUCUGCUUAGGGUUUUAGAUGUUUUUCUUUUUUUAAGAAAAAAA